AAAAAAAAAGAAGAGUAAUAGUAAUAAGAAAAGAGCGAGGGUGACGUCAGUGGUCAGGUACGCUCCUCUACCAAAAACGGAAGCUUUCGAUUGGUACUUCCCACCAACCUUCGCCUACUUCCGAUCGCAGCUUCUUUGCGUUUCGCUGAUCCCAGUUUAGAGAUGGCAAUAGCACGUUCAACGCCUCUUCUACUACUACUAUUGCUUCUUGUUACCGUUUCCGUGGAUGGAGGAGAGUAUCAUCAUCCGCGUCUAUUGCUAAACGAAGCUGAGGCUAAUAAAGAGUGGUUAGUGUCCGUGAGAAGACAAAUACACGAAAACCCAGAACUCCUUUACGAGUUACACCAAACCAGUGCCCUCAUUCGCCGCGAGCUCGACCAAUUAGGGGUCUCCUACCUUUACCCCGUCGCGAAAACCGGAAUCGUGGCUCAAAUCGGAUCCGGUUCACCUCCGGUUGUUGCUCUCCGUGCCGACAUGGACGCUCUCCCCUUGCGGGAACUGGUUGAGUGGGAUCAUAAGAGCAAAAUCGAGGGUAGAAUGCACGCUUGUGGCCAUGAUUCUCACACCACUAUGCUCCUUGGUGCUGCCAAGUUGCUUACCAAACGCAAACAUAUCCUCAAUGGAACAGUGAGGCUUCUCUUCCAACCAGCCGAAGAAGGUGGGGCAGGUGCUUUUGAGAUGAUAAAAGAGGGUGCUUUGGGUGAAUCUGAAGCUAUAUUUGGGAUGCAUGUUAAUCAUGACUUGCCUACAGGACAAGUAUCCACUAUCUCUGGUGCUGCUAUGGCAUCAACUAGCAUUUUCAGUGUACGAUUAAUGACUGGAGUUUCUUCUUGUGUUGAUCCACUCUUGGCUGCUUCCUCUACCAUCUUAGCAUUGCAACAUAUAGUCUCCAGAGAAGCAGAUCCUCUCUUAAGCUACGUGCUAUCUGUUACAUUUAUGAAAAGCGGUGCUUCUGAUGUAGAAUUUGGGGGAACUUUGAGGAGUCUUACUACCCAUGGCAUGAACUGGUUGAGGCAAAGGUUGAAAGAGGUGGUUGAAGGAGAAGCUCAAGUACAUAGAUGCGAAGCGGAUAUAGACAUGCAUGAACAAGAUCAUCCUAUGUAUCCAGCAACUGUGAACCAUCACAAGUUACACGAGCACGCUGAAAAGGUUCUGAAGCUCUUGGUUGGACCAGAGAAUGUGAAACCGGGUGAGAAGAUAAUGGCCGGUGAAGAUUUUGCCUUCUAUCAACAGAAGAUACCUGGUUACUAUCUAGGAAUCGGUAUCAGAAACGAACAAGUCGGUUCUGUGCAUUCGGUUCAUUCACCUCAUUUCUUCCUUGAUGAGAAUGUUCUUCCCAUUGGAUCAGCAGUCUUUGCUGCCUUAGCCGAGAUGUAUCUACAAGACCAUCAAAAUCAAACCAAGCCUGUGCAAUGAAGAAGAGCACUGAUGUAAAUGUCUCUUACCUUCAAAAAAUAAAAGUGUUAUUGUGCACUCUAUAUGCAUUGAAAUUAACAUACUAAGUUUCAGUUUCCUGACUCUUAGCCACAACUUCUAGAAGAU